GAAAGAAGGGGGAAUGUUAUUAAGAUAUGAAUCCCGAGUCGUUUAUUCUGACGAACAUUUUGGAUCCAUGCAGAACUGCGCUCGCGCUUUGUGACAUCAUUAAAUGGCUUUAUUGUCUUAAAUUUAUUCCCCUCCUUGUCAUAACUAGAGACAUGACUCAUCUGCUCAUUAAAUAUCUACAGGGUGUACUGUUUUUCGCGGAAGUUACUUUUGAUAAGCGAACCUCUACUACGCAAAACUAUAAUCAGCCAGGAGGGAAUUAGACAAUGGCGAUUCUCAUACGCUGAUCAAAGAUUAUCGACCUUUGGAAUAUACAUAUAUCGAUUGGGAUUACUCUUGAUGGUUACAGAUAUAGUUAGUCUUAAUAAUAGAUUAAUGAUUCAAUGUAAAAUUACAUAUCUACAUAAGAUUCUGCCUUCUGCAAAAUCUGCCUUUACUAUAUUUCUAUAAUAAUGGUCAUGAUAGGAUACGUGGAACAGAAACAAAAAAAAACUGUUUGUAAGACUCAGAAUUGUUGAUCGGAUGAAUGAUUAAUAAUUUCACGUAGGCAAGAGCAAUUAGUUCUAAUCUUUAAUAUCCUAAUUCAAGCAUGACGAUGGCCGCAACUGAUUCCAGAGAAAAUAAAAAGAGAAUAUAAUAGCAAAAAGGAACAUGUAAAGAACAAGCAGAACAUUCUCUGAGCCGAAGUGAAAGUUAUAUAAAAACGAUAUAUUCGACGGCUUCAUAAAAUAUAUUUAUUACAUAGUCGCAUAAAUAUGAAGAUUUAUAACUAUAAAGACGUAUCUAUAUGAUUAUCGUAAUGCAAAAUUAAAAUUACUAAUAUACGAAAUGUUCGCACAAAGCGCUAUGGGCAAAACUUAAAUAUGUAUAUCGCUCUGCGAUUGAAUAUCGGUUGCUGAUAAUCCUCAAGAUUUUCUCGUUAUAGUUCAACUCGCGACUACCUUCAUACAGCUGACGUUCUAACCUUAUACUUGUUCAGUUGCAUUCAAUGUUAGUAAGUAGGAUGUAUUUUCGAGAUUUUAGAAAGUAGUUUAUUUCAAGUUCUCAUAAAACGUAAUAAGGAACCGAAGUGUAAUUGACUUUGAAAAUGGGUAAUCAGCUGGUGGGAAUUGCACCCAGUCAAAUAUUUCCAGUGGAGCACUAUCUGACAGAUCACAGCGAUUUACAGUUUGACAUAAAUCUUGGAAGUACAAGAUUUUUAAAAGUAGCUAGAGCCAGGAGUCAAGAGGGUUUAAUUGUUGUGAAAGUCUUUGCAAUACAUGAUCCAACAUUACGUCUUUCAACGUAUAAGGAUAAGCUGGAAGAGAUUAGAUCUAAAUUAGCAUCAGCUGUCAAUUGUCUCCCUUUUCAACGAUUGAUUCUUACAGAAAAAGCUGGAUUUAUAAUGAGAGAGUAUGUUAAAUACUCUCUGUAUGACAGAAUUAGCACAAGACCCUUUGUAUCAGCUGUGGAGAAAAAGUGGAUUACAUUUCAAGUUCUAUAUGCACUUCAUCAAGCUCAUAAGUUUGGUGUAUGUCAUGGUGAUAUAAAAUUGGAGAACAUCAUGAUUACUAGUUGGAACUGGGUUCUACUAACAGAUUUUGCUAGUUUUAAACCAACAUAUUUGCCUGAGGAUAAUCCUGCAGAUUUUUCAUAUUUCUUUGACACUUCUAGAAGAAGAACAUGCUAUAUAGCUCCCGAGAGAUUUGUUAAAACUCUAUCUUCAGAAUUAAGCAAUACCAUGCUGUUACCUGAACAGGAACUUAAAACCGGGGACUUAAAUCCUAUGAUGGACAUUUUCUCAGCAGGUUGUACUUUGACAGAACUGUACAAUGAAGGACAUCCACCAUUUGACUUUUCCCAAUUAUUAGCAUAUAGGAACGGCGAAUACUCGGCAAGCAAACAUCUCGAUAAAAUUGAAGAUACAGGCAUACGUGAAUUAUUAUGCUCCAUGCUGGAAAGAAAUCCCUUGAACAGAAAGAGUGCUGAAAUAUAUCUCUCUCAAGCACGAGGAAAAAUCUUUCCAGAAUACUUCUACUCUUUCUUACAAUCCUACAUGCUGAUAUUCUCAGCAGCUCCAAUACUUUCGCCAGAUGAAAAGAUAAACAGAUUAAAGAAAGAUAUUGGUAACAUUAUCAAUAUUUUAAAAUCAGAAGAAAAUGAAAGGCGAAGGAGUACAGACACGAGCAAAGGAGAUAACACAAAAAGCAGUCACGAAAAUAACAUUGAAUCCAGCAAAGAAGAUUCAGCACAGAGUGAAGAAAAUACAGUCAUCGAAACAGACAGUGACCAAGGUUCGGACAAGAUAGACCUAAAUCAGAUAGACUUGUCAAAGAUCUCAAUACCAGAAACUAGCUCUGACAAUGGCAAGGAUCAGAAUGUUCAGAGUUUAUCACGCGAGGAAGUACCAAAGGAAAAGGAAGACGAAGACAAGGAUAAAAACAAUGACGAGUUAUACGAUAAUCUGGAAGGAUUAAUCAUUAUCACUCAACUCGUAACGUCCUGCAUUCGGGGAUUACAUCAUUCGCAGUCUAAAUUACAGAGUUUGGAAAUACUUCUGGAGCUGGCCGAAAAUACAUCUGAUGAAACCAUAUUGGACAGAAUACUUCCGUACAUUUUUCAUCUCGUUCAUGAUCCUGCACCACGUGUAAGAGUCUCAGCCAUACACACUUUAACGAAAUGCCUUUAUCUUGUGCGAUCCAUUCCGCCCUCAGAUGUGAAUAUAUUCCCAGAAUAUAUUUUACCAGGAUUAGCACACGUCACACAGGACGAAGCAGUGAUUGUUAGAGCCGCCUAUGCUGAGAACAUUGCUCAUUUAGCACACAUAGCUUUGCGUUACUUGGAAAAUUCUCAUUUGUCUAAUUUGGGAAACAAGGAGGGACCAAAACCAAGCUACGAUAGUGAAUUACAAACGUUGCACGAAAUGGUACAACAAUCUGUCUCCAUGUUAUUGACGGAUCCACAGAAUUUAGUAAAACAAACCCUAAUGGAGAAUGGUAUAAAUAAGUUAUGCGUCUUCUUUGGAAAGCAAAAGGCUAACGACGUGUUACUCAGCCACGUUAUUACUUUUCUCAAUGAUAAAGAGGACAAGCAGUUACGUGGAUCAUUUUUUGAAUGUAUCGUGGGUGUAGCCGCCUAUGUAGGGUGGCACAGUAGUCCAAUAUUAAUGCCAUUACUUCAGCAGGGUUUAACAGACCCUGAAGAGUUCGUAACAGCAAAAGCUAUUAACGCCAUGGCUACUUUAACAGAAUUGGGACUGUUGCACAAGUCUGCACUGUAUCAACUACUUUCAGAAACAAUGGUUUUCUUGGUACAUCCUAAUCUUUGGAUCAGGCACGCAAUCGUUGGUUUUAUUUCUGCUGCUGCGAGAACUCUAAAUGUGGUGGACGUACAAUGUAAAGUCCAAAUGAUGAUACAACCCUACUUGAAACAUCCCCUGAUACAAAUUGAAAAAAAUGUGUUACUUUUGGAAGCUCUCGUGUCCCCGAUACCUCGAGUGGUCUAUGAUUCUGUGAUAAAAUACAACGACAUAGAAGAACUUUAUCAAGUUUUUGAGCAAAGACAGGCAGCACGAGCUAAGGCCAUAACAGGAAUAGUUCCUCAGUACAACGACAUGAGUACCGCUUUAAGAAAUCUCUUCAGACGUUUAAGUUCAGAAUCAAUGACUGAAACGGUUGAGGACCAGUUGUUAGUUAUGAAACCGCAUCUGAUGAAGAUCAACAAAUAUAGAAAUUCGGUAGAUGCAAAACAAAGCACCGCUAAAUCUGUUGAUGGGAAAUUAGAAUUGAAUACUAUGAAAGAUAAGGUUCGCCAUCAUAUUGUUGUACUUUAUCCUGAUACUAAAGGCGAUCUAGCUUUACCAGCUUACAAAAAACUGGAUCGGAGAACAUCGGAUGGUGCUGCUACUUAUGCCACAAUGAAUCAAGAAUGGCGUACAAUGUUUGCAGCGCAGGACAGUGUACAACAUACAAUUGUGAAAAUGUCUGACAUGACGGGUUGUAGUGGAAGUCCAAGUCAGAGUAUACAUGGUGGUGAUAUACAUUUGUCACCACAGCAUAGUCUAACUGAUAUGAACAAUAUCAAUGAUCACUCCCUUCACGAACGAUCCUAUAUUCAAUUCGCAACCCUCUUUGGUUUUGCAGACAGAUGCGCUCCUUGUCGAUUGGAAUUACGACAGCUAACUUACAGAAAGCAAGAGCAGCAUGCGGCGGCUCUCAGAGCUCAGCAUUGGGCUGAUAAUAUUCCCUGGCAAACAGGUUCACGAUUACUAUCAAAUGGUUGGAGGCCUCGUGGACUGCCUGUAGCUCACCUUCAUGAACACAGAGCUGCAGUAAGCAGGUUAGUUUCUGUUCCGGAUACCAGUUUGUUCGCUAGCAGUGCUGCAGACGGCUGUGUUAAAAUCUGGGAUGCCAGCAAGAUGGAAGGACGAAAUGUAGCCAAUAGAUCCAGACAAACUUAUGUACAUAGAGGUGGUCCUUUGGUGGGAUUAGCUGUAUGCGAACAAGGCCAGUCGUUGGCAAGUUCUGCUAGUCAGUCUGGUUCAGUCUUUGUAUUGCGAAUCGAAGCGAAUUCUAAUAAAAUGAAUGUUCUAUACUCAAGACAGCUUGAUCUUCAGGAAGAAGGAUGCGCCGUUGAUCUUCAGUAUUUGGAUUCCGGUUCGCAAUCAGUUCUUGUCUAUGCUACGCUUUAUGGUUCAUUGGUAGGCUGGGACUUACGGUGUCCCGGUACGGCAUGGCGGUUGGAAAAUGAUCUAAAACACGGUGUAAUCACGUCUUUUUGUGUAAAUAAUUAUCAACAAUGGCUAACACUGGGUACGAGUUCGGGUGUUCAUAUUUGUUGGGAUCUCAGAUUUCAAUUGCCAAUUAGCAGCAUAAAGCAUCCCACAGGUGCUCGAGUAAGGAAAGUUAUCACUCAUCCAACCGAACCGUCAUGGAUUAUUUCUGCGGUACAAGGAAAUAAUGAAAUAUCCAUGUGGAAUCUAGAAACCGGCUUUCGACAAAUGGUCCUUUGGGCAUCCAGUGCACCGCCUCUUAGUCAUUCUCAAGGAGGUCACAGUGUAUGCUCAAUGCAUUCAGGAUCAAUAGAUCGUUCAGGAUUCCUAUUAGCCGGUGGAACAGAUAUGAGAUUACGCUUUUGGAAUCUGAACAAUCCCAAUGAAUCUUAUGUCGCUUUACCAGCAGCUAAUGACGUUAUACCACCAAAUUCCUUAGCCUACGAACAACGACUGAUAGACGGUACCAACGUCGUACAGGAAGUCCUGGCCGGUGGUGUUCCAGUAUCAUCUUCUGGAGGAGGAAGUGGUAUUCGCAGUAGAGGACCCGAAGAGGGUGGCCAAGGACCGGAAACUCCACCAUCUGGUCAUCACGAUACCAUAUCCGCUGUAGCCAUGUCGAACACAUGCAUUCUCACUGGUAGUACAGAUGGUCUGAUACAAGUCUGGAAGUGAUUCAUUUUAUUUUACACGCCAUAUUCAUUCCUCGUUUUGAUUCAUGACGUGUCGCAUUGAGAUACGCAAGCAUGCAAUGAAUUUAUUAAUGAAUAUACCAGGUUCGAUGUUUGAAACGACCUAUUCCAAUGAUAUCGAGAUUAGAAGCUCAUAUUUAACUGGAAAGCACUGCGAAGUCUUCCGCUGGUUAUCAUCUUAUAUCCACAACAAGACAUUCACAUAUUCCGCCAGUGCUGUGAUUUUGAUCUGUAUAUAGUUCAUUUAAUAUUAUCAAUAAUCGAUGAGAAAAAUUAUUCGAGGGAACGAUACUUUUUACCACGACCACAAUGAAUAUUUCUAAUGGUACUACAAGAAGCAAGUACCCUCAGAAAACGUAAAAUUCUCGAUAAAUCUUCUCGAUCGCCAAUUCUUUUACCAAAUAAGUAAAUUAUUUUUGUAAAUAAAUCGUGACGGGGAUUGACAUGUUUUACAUAUUAAUAUAUAUUUGAGAUGGCUGCUUCAAGUAACGUCAUUACGUCUCAUGUUCUUUGUACUUGGGAACGGUAACAAAUAAGUCAUUA